AUGGAGAACAAGACUUGUAAUGGAAACGAGGACGGUCCAAAACAUAGCCAAGUGGUGAAGAUAAAGGAGGAGUUUGAGAAGAUAAGGCAACCAUCGCUGCAGCAACCGGAGAUGAGGAGGGUUCUUAGCGAGAUCAAGAGGCGUCAACGUUCACGUUCUCCACUUGGACUAGGGGAGAGAUCUAUUUCCGUUGGGAAUUGA